AUUGGUUACUUCUGGUGUGUGUAUACGCCAGACUUGGUCGUCUAAUUCCCGAAUCACGCCGACAUAGGUACCAGGAAGCCGGUUGUACCCUGACAUUUGAUUGUAGACAUUACGCCAAAAUAAUAUGAGAAUCAUGCCAGCCUCAAAUGUGGAGUUGUCGUUAAAGAAAGCAGAAAAAAAGCCAGGAAACGAUUGAUCCAAUUGUAAAAUGCGUUACUGGACCGCUUGUUGUUCUACAACAUUGAGAAUCGGCCUGGCUUCUUGUUGUUGUCACUGGCUCCGUACUCCUCCGCCUUCAUACUCUGCAUUUUCUCACAAUAGUCACGGAAUAGAUAUAUUGUGGAGGCCAUUGCAUAUUUAAAGGACAAUUUAAUUCGUUUUGCUGUCUUGCAGGUGAGUGAACACUCUCCAAACAUUACUACUUGGCUUCAAUCUAAGCACAGGGGGGAAACAGCCCCGCUACCGUUGCCUUUACAGCCAUGCCCGUCCGUUAACAUAUAGUUGGCUGGUCACGUGACUGCGAUGGUGAUGGGGGGGAGAGAAAAUGGCGGCUUUCCUAACUGUUCAACCUGGACCACUGUUAAAAUGCUCAUAAUCCACAUCUAAAUACGCUUUGUAUUAUUAAGAUCUAUUCUAAAAAUAUGCUUUAUUCCAUAUAGAUAACGUACUUGUCGUGAAAAAUGUCUACGAAAUCGAGGCGUGCGAGAGGUCGUCCGCCAAAAACCCCAUUGUCGGGUCGGACCAAUUUUCUGAAAAGACCUAAAGCUUUCUAUCAUGGUACGUUUGGAGAUAGCCACCACUUUGACGGUGGAAUACAAAGUUCCACAGGAGCAUAUGCUGGUAGUAGCUCUCAUUUAACACCUCAUAGUCACCAUCAUCACACGGGUAGGGCUGGCUCUACGGCCAGCGGCAUUAGUAUGAGCAGUAGUAGGGGUGCCCGUCUAAGGGAGGCCGCUCAGAAAAGCCGUAGCUACAUCUUACAAAUGCUCGAAGACGACGAUGAUGAACAUAAACAUUCAGAGGUAGAACCUGACAAAUCUAGUGACUUAACAGAUAUGGAUAAUGUCGAUGAAGACCGUUGUUCGGAUGAUACCUAUGAAGAGUCUGAAUCUAUACACAGCGAAGAGAGUUAUAGUACGGUGGGUUCUGUGAGCAAAAGAAGAUACCAUUCACGGCGGCCCAAAACUCCGGAUUUAGACGAAACCCGUGAAAUUCCUCCUUUGAACCUGCCUGCACCCGCUACUGAUCUUAUGUUACCCAUUGAAUAUUUAAUGUCAGCAUUAAGCGUCUACGAAGUACUUAGACAUUUUCGGUCAAUUUUACGAUUAUCUCCUUUUUUAUUCGAAGACUUUUGCUCUGCUUUAAAUAGUGAUGAACAGUGUCUACUGCUGGCAGAGAUCCAUAUAACACUGCUGAAAGCCCUUCAAAGGGAAGAGGAAGCAAAUAAUACAACAUUCGGUGCCCACGAUUUGAAAGACAGUAUCAACAUAGCUUUGUAUUUUUUAGAUGGAAUGACUUGGACGGAGCUGGUCCGAGCCUACUUGGACAGUGACCGAAACCAAGAAUAUAAAGAGACUCUUGAGAUUUUGGAGAAGACUGAUUUUCCGUUUGUUGGCAUCGAAGACAGGUUGAAGGUACUUCAGACUCUGACCGAUUUGUUCCUUGCGACAAAUGCAGUAAGAGAAGAAAUCAUGAAUGAAGGAAACAUCCAAUAUGAUGACCACUGUCGUUCGUGCCAUAAAAGACUGGGUGAUCUUCUCUGCUGUGAAACCUGCCCUGCUGUAUACCAUUUAAGCUGUGUUGACCCACCUCUUCAAGAAGUUCCUGAGGAUGAUUGGUUAUGCAGUGUAUGCAAAUCUCAUCAAGUGAAAGGGCUGACUGAUUGCCUCUCUGAAUCAGAACGCAGUGGCUUACUAUGUCGACAUGAACCUAUUGGUUAUGAUAGGCAUGGGCGAAAUUAUUGGUUCCUAAUUCGUAGAAUGGUUGUUGAGAAAGACAGUCAGUCCUGGUAUUAUAGCACAAAGGCUGAACUAGAGGAAUUAAUUGACUGCCUUGACAGAAACGAGUUUGAAGCAGAGCUAGUUAUGGCUCUUGAAGAUAUGAAGGAAGAAAUCCUAAAACAGAUGAAUUUGACUGAAGAUCUCACCAAUUCUGCGAAAGGAAGCAAAAAAUCUGUUUUAGAAAUUGAAAAUGCAACUUGUUUGAAAAUACAAGCUGAAAGAAUAGCUAAAAGAGUUCAAGAAGAAGCUGAAAGGAAAGCUCGAGAAGAGGAAGAAAUAAGGAGAAGAGAAGAGGAAAAGCAGCGUCAAGAAAGUGGUGGUGACUCUCAGGAAAAUUCACAACAAAUAGUGAAUUCACAGAUGCCGUCUUUUGCUCAAGAGAAUUCUAUAAUAUCUGGCCAUGGUAACAACUCCACCGAAGCCUGCACUUCAUCUACAUUUACCGUUCCUACAAGUACAGUGGAUGGGCUCUCAACAAAUUCAUUAGCACCAACUCAACCCAAAGAGAGUGACCCAGUCACUUCUUCUGGUACUUUAAUAUCCUCUAAUUCCCUAAGUGGCUCAAUGGCUCCUCCAAAACCUGUAGACUCUAUUGAUGACGAGGAUAAGAAGCAAGCAGAAAAAUCAGAAACGGAAACUAGAAGAAUUGUAACUCGUUCUAAAACAGGGUCAUUAACGCCCAAGCAGUUUAAUGAUUCUAUCACUAGUGGUUCUUUAAAGAUUAGCCGCACUCCCAACUCAGAUGAUGUCCUGCUAAUUAAUAAAGAAGGAGAAGUUACCAGGGUUACACGCAGCAAAUCUAGUGCUGUAAACUCUUGUUCAGGAUACUUUAAAUUAGGAAUGGAAAACAAUUACAAGUCAUUUAUUAAUCAAUAUAGUAGUAAUGCAUUAGCUUUAAAUAAGCAUCAGCAUAAUGAGGAGAGAGAUAAAAAACGGUUUUUGUCACAUAAGUUUAGUCUUACUCCUGUGAGUGAGUUUAAAUGGAAUGGUAGUCUUUAUGGCAACCGUAUACUGACUAUUUCCACACUUAGGCUAAGUAUCACACAAUUGGAAAGCAAUCUACCCACACCAUUCCUGCAUCCUAAUUGGGCAAUACAUCGCCAAAACUGGCAAAAAGCGGUACAUAUGUGUCAAAAUCCACAAGACUUCGCAUUGGCACUAGCAAUUCUUGAGGCUUGUAUCAAGCCAGUGCUCUUUAACCCUGUCUGGACUGAAUCUCUUGGACAUCAUCGUUUGCAAAAAAUAACUGCAAUGGAUCGAGAAGAGAUGAAGAAAAAAGAAAAAGAACAGCGUAGAAGAAAAGAAGAGGAAGAUGACCCAAGUAGGCUUGUCUGGAUUAAAUAUCCUUUAGGCCUCAAGCAUCAAGUCUGGAAACAAAAAGGAGAAGAGUACAGAAUUACUGGCUGUCAUGGAUGGUUGUGGAUUGGGUCAACACGAGUCUAUAACAUAGUUCCUAUGGAUACUGUCGGAUUGCGAGCUGUUUCAGUUAAACUGCGAGCACGUAAACGGAAAUUAAUUGAGUCAAAUUUUGUAAGACCAUCAAAGAUUGCUAAGAAAGAAAAUGAGGAGGUAAGUAAUGAAGGAAUGGAUGUAAAUGGACAACAGUCAGAAAGCCAAAACAGUUCUGCAAUUAAUGAAGUUAAAAAAAUGGAGGUUGAUGGAAGUAAAAUAAAAGUUGAGCCAACUGAAAAGAAAGAAAUUGAUUUAAAAGAAGAAUCAGGAAUUAGGUCUGAUCCCAAAGUGGAAGUUAACACAUGUAAAGAUGAAAAACGAUCUGAAUUGCCAUUGGUGUCUCCUAAAAAGCCAAUACAGGAUAUUGAGAAAGAAUCUGAAACAAAAGAUAAAGUAGUCACCGAUACAACUAUUAAGGAUAAUAAAAUGGAAGUUGAUGAUGAUCCUGAUAUAAAAUCUGAUGACUAUAUUAGAAUGAAUCAACAUUUGUUCUCAUUUCCUCCUUAUACUAGUCUUCCACCUAAAAUAGGUGUUGACGUUAUUGAUGUUUCUGAUGCAUUUCAGAAGAAAAUGUAUUAUCCUAAAUUAGUGAAGCCAUUUUCUAAACUAGACUCCCUUCUCGAACGGCGUUUAAAAUGUGAUGAAAUGGAGAAAAAGCAGAGACAAGCCAUAGAACAACAAAUUGCAUUUAAAUUGAAAUUACAACCAGCUAAUUCACAGGUAAAAAUUCUCACACCUGCUGCAGCAGCUUUGUUAAAACAAGAAGCAAAAAAUUCUCAAGAAAAUGUGAAUGUUACAAAACAGUCAUUGACUCUGAAGUAUUGCUGCUAUUGCGUAUCAUGCCGAUUGCAAAAGGCUGCAACUAACGAAACUGCCAUCAAAUCUUCCUGCUACUCUCCAUUUUGUCGAAAUAAUAAACAGGCUGUAACUUCAAAUGCUCAACCUGCAAAGACUGUUGCAGUAACUACACCAACGACAUUGGUAAAGACUGUUGCACUAACAACAUCAACUACAUCGGUGAAAUCUGUUGCAGUAACAACACCCACUACACUUGCAAAAACUGUUGCAUUAACAACACCCACUACAAUUGCAAAAACUGUUGCAUUAACAACACCCACUACAAUUGCAAAAACUAUUGCAGUAACAACACCAACUGCACUUGCAAAAACUGUUGCAGUAACAACGCCAACUGCACUUGCAAAAACUGUUGCAGUAACAAUGCCAACUGCACUUGCAAAAACUGUUGCAGUAACAACACCAACUGCCCUUGCAAAAACUGUUGCAGUAACUACGCCGACUGCACUUGCAAAAACUGUUGCAGUAACAACACCAAAUACACUUGUAAAAACUGUUGCAGUAACAACGCCAACUGCACUUGCAAAAACUGUUGCAGUAACUACGCCAACUGCACUUGCAAAAACUGUUGCAGUAACUAUGCCAACUGCACUUGCAAAAACUGUUGCAGUAACAACGCCAACUGCACUUGCAAAAACUGUUGCAAUAACUACACCAACUGCACUUGCAAAAACUGUUGCAGUAACAACACCAACUACACUUGCAAAAACUGUUGCAGUAACAACACCAACUACACUUGCAAAAACUGUUGCAGUAACACCAACUGCACUUGCAAAAACCGUUGCAGUAACAACACCAACUACACUUGCAAAAGUUGUUGCAGUAACAACACCAACUACACUUGCAAAAACUGUUGCAGUAACAACACCAACUGCGCUUGCAAAAACUGUUGCAGUAACUACACCAACUACGCUUGCAAAAAGUAUUGCAGUAACAACACCAACCACACUUGUAAAAACUGUUGCAGUAACAAUGCCAAAUACACUUGUAAAAACUGUUACUAGUGCAGCUGCACCAGCUAUUGUUCUUACCAGUACUCCUACUAGUUCUUUGAUUAAAACAGUUGUAACUGCUGCUACAACAGCUUCACCGUCAACUCCAUCAAUAUCUGCUACAUCAUCUGUUGUUACAGCACCAGCAUCUACCACCGCUACUGCAGUAUCAUUAGUAGCAACCCCUACAGCCAUAUCUACAACACGGUCAACUGUCUCGCCCAUUCAAACAACAGCUGUCACAACACCCUCUGCUCCCACAGCAAUCACUCCAUCUCCAAAAUGCACCAUUCCUGUAUCAUUAGCAGCAACAGCCGUUCGUACCAUCCCUGUGACACUUGCAACAUCUUCACUACCAACGAUCACUUUAGGUACUACCUCAUCAACUGUCUCUGCCAUACCAAUCUCUAUUGUAUCAAAAGACUCUUUGAAUAACUCAAUUAAUAAUACAGCUUCUUUGACUCCAACACAGGUGGCUAUUCCUGGGACUAAAGUUCCAGUGGCAAUAUCAACUGCAACAUCUAGCCCUGCCAUGGUAGUCUUUACAACACCUACUUCAAAUUCUCUUACAAAAUCUGCUCCACUACAGACUGCCAGUGUAGAUAAAACACCAGCGAAACCUGUUGUAGUCAAUGGUAAAAAAAGUGAUUCUUCCACUGUUGACCAUGGGAAUGAAAAAAUUGAUGUGGAAGGGGAUAAAGAAAACACUUCUAAAUCUCUUUUGGUUAAUUCAGAAAAUACAACUAAACAACUCUCUGAUGGAUUAGUUGGCAAAAGUUUACUUCCUGCUAAACUUUCUUCGGACAUAUCACUUCUCCAGGCUGGUGGGUUGACAAUUGCUAAAGCUACACCUGUAACUGCCGAACAGAAGAGUACUCCUGUCAGGAAGAUCAGCACUGUAGCCAGCAACAGUACUGUAGCACAACUACUCACUGCGAAACCAGCCGUAGCACCUGCCUUGACACCAGCACAAAUAGCUGCCAGACAGGCAUUAGCUGCUAUGACUGUUGAUGAAUUGAAGGCUAAGAUGCCACCUAUAAGAACUACAAAAGAUAAGUUUAGGCUGCCAAAAUUUUCCAAAAUUGGUAAACGGACCAAAAUGUUACGUAAAAGUAGUUUGCCAGUAUGUCAGAAAUUUCAAACUCCUAGCAAAUCAAAAAGUAUUUUUGUCUUAGAAAGUCAUGAACUGAAACGACUAGCACGGAAAGGUGGUAAUAUGGAAGCUUCUGGUUUUAAUUAUAACUGCAAAAUGAACAAUGUGAAUUGGAUUUAUCAGUGUCCACGACCUUCUUUCAAAUCUGCAUGGCGAUAUCGCACGCAAACUCUCAAAUCCCUCGCAGCAGCUGGUCUGCAGCUACGGAUUCUCUGGGUAUGUCUUCGGUGGGAUGACAUGUCUGUGAAGACACCUGCCGGUGGCACAAACACUGUUUCCACUGAAACGGAGAUAACGACGACAGAGUUAUUGAAAAGGCGUGAUAUUGGUCCAUAUGGACUCCGCUCUGAGUUUCUGGUACGCAAAAUUGUUGUGCCUAUUGGAUUACCUAGUCAACAAAGAGAGAAAUACACUCCUCAGCGAAGUGGAUUGCGUGAACGUAAGCGAGCAGAGUCUCCAAAACAAACUGAACCAAGUGUUACAGAAACCUGGACACCAGAAGAACAGUUAGAAUUAUGGGAAAUCAAGCAGUUUGGAGAAAAGUUGGAAAAACAGCGAGCAGCAUUGCAAGAAAAGACUAGUCAGCAAUCUAGUGUCGGUGCAAGUAGUUCUCCUUCAAGCAGUGGGUUACCACAAAAUGCUGCUCAAAUCAAAGCUCAAAUGGAAAUGCAGCUCAAACAGCAGCGUUUGAAUCUUCAACAGAAACGGCUCUUGCAGGAAGCUGGCAAGGCCAAUGCCACCAGCUCUGGAGGUUCUGUGGUGUCACUUGCUUUGGGUGUAAACAGUUCAUCUGCACAGAAAUCUUCAAAUACACCAACUAUAAUAACAACACCUGCUGUAAUAAAGAGAGUUCAAGUGCAACCAAAAACAAUUCUCGCUUCCCCAGCUGCUGCUGCUCUGUCGAACAGUUUGUCAGCUACUACUGCCAGUGCCAUCCGGCCAGGUGUGAAGGUUCAGUUACCAGGUACCACAAUUACACUUCGCCCUACAACUAAUGUUACUCUUGCACCUAAACCAGGUACUGUGGUUUCCACAGCUAGUGGAGCCACAGCUCGGCUUAUUUCUCCAGGACAGUUGCAGGCCACUCGAGCUACUGUUCAGAUAAGACCACAAGUUAUUGCUCAAGGUAUGCCUGGUCAAGUACAGAAUGUACAAAUAAUCCAAGGACCUCAAGGACAGCUUCAAGUACGAGGACUCUUACCUGGUCAGCAAAUAGUAAGGCUUCCUGAUGGCCGUCUGCAAUUGAUAACACUUCCUACAACUGCCCCUACUGUGGCUACUGUUUCUACAACUACUACACCUGGUCAAGUACGUCCACAAGUGACCAUCCGGCCACAACAGCAGGCCGUUUUACUUAGCACCUCUGCUGCUGCUGGUGCAACAGCUCAGCCUACUCGGCUUGUUGUCCCUGCUGCGAAUACACAAGCAACUGUUACUGCCACCACAACUGCCCCAAGCACCACUCCAAAUGUUGCUGGAACAACAACAACAACGACGAUAACAACCACAGUAACAGCCACAACUGCUUCAGCUGCAGCAGCAGCAACAACAACAACAACAGCAGCAGCAGCAGCAACAGCAGCAGCAACUGCAGCAGCUGCAGCAGCAACAACAACAGCAGUAGCAGCUUCAACAACAACAACAGCAACUGUACCAGCAACAACAGUAGCAGUAGCAACUUCAACAGUAGCUGCAACAGUAGCGUCAACCACUGCUCCUGCAGUUACAACAACACCAACUGCAACAGCACCUGCAGUUACCACUAGUGCAGUGGUUUCCUUGUCUAAUUCCAAAGUCACUCAGAAUACCAACACUACAACUAUACUAACCACUGUUGUAUCUCGUCCAGCUGUCAACACUGUGGUUCCUGCAAGUACCACUAUGUUAACAGCUUCUCCACUAACCAGUCGUGUGAUUGCCAAGCCUAUUGUUUCUGUGGUUACGAGUCGCCCUGGUACAACAACAGUCCCCAUUGCUAUUAUGAACACUGGUAGUGUUGGUGGCACCAGUGUUUUGACAACAGCCCGUCCUCUCACUGCCCUGGCUGCUGGCUCUAAUGCUCCUGCAACUACCUCCAGCACAGUAACUCAUGCAACUGCAGCUGUCACUGCAACAACAACCACAAAAUAUGCACUUACUCCUCAAGUUGUGCAACAAGUUGUUCGACAAGCUUUGCUGCAAAACCAAAGCCCAGAGAUCCAAGCAAAAUUACUGGCAUAUCAGCGGCAAAUGCAAGCACAGAAAUCACAACCUAUUACUACCUUACAGGCUCUUGCAGCCAUACAAGGGAAAUCUAAGGAUAAGAUUAUCAGUGCAUUGCCUCAACAAUUGGUGCUGAAGCAAGCUACAAGCUCAACCAGUACGACCAUCCCUAUAGUCACCAAUACUGUCUCUACUGCUGUAGAAACGCCAAAAGCAAAGCCUAAAGCUCUCACUCCAGAACAGAAGGAUGAACAAAUUCGCCUUUCUGUGUGUAGUCAAGCUAUAAAGAAUAUUCUUGAUAAAAUUGAGAGAGAGGAGAAAGUAGAACAAAAAAGGAUUAAGAAACAAGAGUGUGCUGAGGAGAAGCAGAAGCGUGUUAUUGCCUCCAAGCUUCAAGCUGUGCUCUUCAAACAAAAAGAAGCCUUGAAAAAAGAGAUUUUACGUAAACGUUCAUUAAUGGAGAAGAAUCUUCAACAUGAUAUUCAGAUGGAAAUAAAUGAAUGCAUCAAGAAACAGAAAAAGAAAACCGUUACGAAAGCAGCAGUUGCCGCAACAUCUCCAGUUGCUGCCAGGCGUAAAGAUGAUACACUAAAUGCAUCAGUAGCGGCGCCCACGGCUCCUGCUCCUGUUACUGUUUCUAAGAAGAAGAAGCAGAAGAUUAUAUCAACUGGCAAAUCUUUUAAUCCAGCUGAAAAAUUGUACUGCAUAUGCAAGACACCAUAUGAUGACUCAAAGUUCUACAUUGGUUGUGAUCUGUGUUCCAAUUGGUUCCACGGGGCCUGUGUAGCUGUUUCUGAGGAGCAGGCUCAGGACAUAGAAUCCUACGUGUGCGAUGAAUGCAAGUUGCAUCGAGAGAAUACAUCAGAAGAGCUCUACUGCAUUUGCAGAACUCCUUAUGACAAGUCUCAGUUUUACAUUGGGUGUGACCGAUGCCAAGAUUGGUUCCAUGGACGCUGUGUUGGGGUUACAAAAAGUGAAGCAGAUAGCAUGGAUACGUAUCUUUGCCCUACUUGUAAAAAGAAUGAACAUGGGGAUAAAUAUUCCCAAAGAGUCAUGUCAGACAAAGACUACGACAGUUUACGGCGCUUACUUCGCAGCCUUCAGGCAAAUAAGAUGGCAUGGCCAUUCUUGGAACCAGUUAACAGGCUUGAAGCCCCCGACUAUUAUGAUGUCAUCAAAGAACCUAUGGAUUUAUCAACUGUUGAAGAGAGACUCUCAAGCAAACAUUAUAAACGUUUGACUGAUUUUAUCAAAGACAUGACCAAAAUAUUUGAUAACUGUCGUUACUAUAAUCCCAGUGAUUCUCCAUUCUAUCAAUGUGCGGAAGUACUGGAAACCUUUUUUGUACAGAAACUGAAAACCCUUAAAGAGAAAUUUUAGGACAAAAUCCAUUCUGUUUGUUAACUUGCUGCUAUCCAUUUCAAUGUAAAUACCAUUGAUAGAUUCUUCAAACUGUAACUGCCAGCUUGGCCAACUUAGUUCUGUGGUGUGGAAAUGCAGCACUGGUAGAAAUAUUGAGAAGGGGUUAUUUUCCACUAUUCGUCUUAGUCUCCAGCCUACCAUUGAUGUUGUUGUUGACAACAGAUCCUCUCAGCAACACAUAAUUGUCAGACCCAUCUAUCCUCAUUAAUAUCAUCACAUUUAUCAUAGUUUGUUUUAAGGUUUAAAAAAAAAAAAAGAUAACUUAUUCCUAAAUAAUUGCAAUUGAUAAAACCUCGGUAAGUAAAAAGAGAGAAAUGUUUCUGAAAAGUGUUUCAGAAUAUAUAUUUCAGAUAU